GAGUUUACCCUGAGAUGAAGAGUAAUUUACUGCGGAAGAGAGAGAUCGGGAUGGAGCGAGAGAGAGGGGUGAGGUGAUGGAGAUGAAGCUGUAUUGAAAGCCUGUGAUCUCUCAGCCGUUAACGAGCUGUGUGUGUGUCAGGAUUUCUGUGAGUAAAAUGUAGCGCCAGACACACGCAACCGGUGUACUUCUUACCGAAUUCUGAUGCGCAAUUGGAAGAGAUUAGAAUAACUGUCCACGUUUACUUUUACUCAGCCAACAAGACGCGUAACGAACAGCGAAAUCACUAGCCUAUAUCAAUGUAGGCCUACUAUCCCCCAUAGUAGAAACGUGUAUAUAUUCUAUUGGUUAGCUUGCAGUUCUGUGCUAGGAAGAAAAGUAUAUUCCAAACAAACUCUGGACAGUUGUGGGACGAUAGAUCCCAAAUUCAUACAACCAGUAGGCCUAGGCUACAUAAAAAAAAACGUAAAAAGCAAUGAGUCUGAUGCAACAGAUCAGAACGUUGAGCUUAAAAUGUUGAUAAACUAUUAUUUAUUCACAUAACCGCAGCAGUGUGCACAAGUGUUGGCACAAGGCAGUAAGUAGGCUACGCACAAAUGUUAGUUACGUAAUGCAAUUAGCGUUGUCAAAAGCGCACCGCACAUGCGAGUGGUUUCAUGAGAUGUAGAUGAAAAUAUCUGUUAGCAAUUUAGAAAGAGGGGAGAUCUAAAAGGUGCGACAACUAGCAUCGGUUGCUAAUAUGACUAGGAUUGUGCCUUUGGCUACUGGACAAUGAAAUAAAGUUGAUUUGAAAACCAAUAGAACAUGAGAGAAAUAGGCUAUACUGGUUUCAAUGGCAUAUGGCAGUCUCUAGCCUAUAAAAUAAUUGCCUGCACGUUUGGUUUUAUUUUGUCUAGGCUACUUUGAAGCAAGGUAAGACAUGCCUCAUAAUAUGUAGUAAAACGUUCAGGUUUCAAACAAGUAAGUAUGUUUUCAAAAUGCAUACUUCCGCAAAAUGGUGUGAAUUGGUGUGUGAUGAGCUGAAGCCUGCCUACCUUUGCCUAAGCACUUGAAUGGGAAGCGAGCUUCAAUUACCAGUUGAGAAAUAACAAUAGUAGCUCUUUUCAAUCAUGGCCAUCAAAGUGUUUUUAAUACGCGAUUGCAUUUAGAAUUAUUGCGCAAUGAUUGGCCUUAUAAAAGCAUGUUUCCACUCCAGCAGCAACAAACUAGCAGCAGUUCUGGUGCUAUAUCGACUGGUAUUUCAAUCAAUUAAUAGGCAAAAAUGCAUUUUCACAAUGGGAUUUAUUUUCUUCUCCUGGACAAUUGGACAGUGGUAAUUUUAUUUAUCAGCUUUUCAUAUAUUUUUGGGGCCAAAAGCCGGCUAUUACCGGCUAACAGAAACCCUGGAGUGAGUGUGUGUAGGAAGCCUCCUAAUUUGCUGUUCUCUUAAAUUUCUGUAGAAAUCAGAGCUGAAUUUAGACCCUGCUGCCUGCCCCUCCCCCUCCCUUCUAUGAGAACCAUUAUGCCAGGCAGUAAUAGGCUAACUCUCUCUCUCUCUCUCUCUCUCUCUUUCUCUCACAGACACACAGACAGACAGACAGACAGACACAGACAGACAGACAGACAGACAGACACACACACACACACACAGACAGACACACACACACACAGACAGACAGACACACACAGACAGACAGACAGACACACACACACAGACAGACAGACAGACAGACAGACAGACAGACAGACACAGACAGACAGACACACAACAGACAGACAGACACACACACACAGACAGACAGACACACACAGACACACACACACACACACACACACACACAGACAGACAGACAGACAGACAGACAGACAGACAGAGCAGAAGCUAAAAGGGAGAGGAAGGUAAGCUUGUGUCAAUGUGUGUAUCUCUGUCUGUGUGAGAGAGAGAGUGUUAGCUAUGAUGGUGGUGAAGUCACUGCUUCAGUUCAAUGCUAUGAGUCACAGUUUCUCUUAACUCGAUGAGCUUUAUUUACAUGAUAUUGCUGACAACAAGGAAACGAUAAUACAUGGCAUUAUGAAUAAUCACACAAAUAAUUACACGGUCAAAAGAAUAAGAACACAACAACCCAAAUAACAUACAAUUUCAAUAACUCUCUCUCUCUCUCUCUCUCUUAGGCUGCCUGUCAGGGUCUCGUUGACCCCCCCGUUCCUCCGAUGAACCCCCUCAACUCCAUGAAACCCGGUCUGCCUCCCACUCCGCACAGGUACACACACACACACACACACACACACUGAGUGACUCAGAGAGGGAGUGCUGAGCGCAUUGUCCUCAGACAAACCGUCAGUUGGCUUUUGGUUGGCUUUGACCUCUCACCGCUCCCGCUAUUGGCUUGGCUCUGGGACUCUGGGUGCUCAUUGGCUGCUGCUGGCCCUGGCGCUGGAGCGCUGGUUUCCUGUACCAGCGAGUUCACAUCCUGUGAUUUCAGUUGAGGAAGUGGAGGGUAACCUCAGCCACACACACACACACAAACGUACACACUCAGGAGCCUCCUCUUCCUCAGCUGGGCUGCCCUUACUGGUUUCUAAGUGACUGCUUUGUUGUUGUUAUGGAAAUGUUGUGGAGUGCCUCUUGAGGAUGUGAUGUGCUGUGGCACAAGUCAUUUAACUCCUACAAAGACUCCCACAAGUUUUUCUCCUCAACAAACGAAUAGUCUAAUGCAGGGGUUCCUAAAGUUUUAAACUCAGGCCCCCCUUCCAGCAUUGGGCAAAAUGCAAAACUGAUCCUAAAACAGCACUUGGACUCUGACACGCUGGAUACACAAGGCCCAGGUCUUUCACGAUCAGUGCAGAUGGAGAGGAAGCCACUUGUCACUAUUGAGAUGCACCCCACUGCUGUACAUGAAUUCAUCCCAUAAUGCCUUUGCUUCCUGUCUCUGUCUUCCUUAGUGACGGUAACUUCCUGUAUGACUCUGCCUCCUGGCAACAAGGCACCAAUCAACAGCCAGGAGCACUCUCCGUGGUAACCACUGUCUGGGGCGUGACCAAUCCCUCGCACAGCCAGGUAACGACCAGCCAAUCAUGGCCCUCCCUCCCUCUUCUUCCUUUUUCUCACCCAUCCUUCUAUCUAUUUUAUCUUAAUUUAUCAAGGAGAGCAAAUUUCUUUUGCCACAUUCCAGGCUGCCUACAUAGCAGUUGUCCACCAAAACUCACAAGGCCUGAAUGAAGUGUAUAACUAUCAGAAUCCACAUCAAUGGUAUCGCAAUCCGAUGCCCAACUACAACAUAUGACAUGACGUUCAUUCAUUGUUUAAUAUGUAAAGCAUAAGUGCUUUGCAGACUGUCUGGAAUGUCACAUGGCGUUUUUCUUCUUCUCUAACACUUUACUGUUUCCACUACCUCACUUCCUGUGUUUCCCCGUCUAGGUGUUUGGAGCGCCCAUGGGUCCGGGUGGUAACUCUGGAGGUCACAUGAUGCAGAGCAGCAGUGGAGGUGGGGGGAUGAGUCCCGGUAUGAGCCACCAAUACCAGAGCUACGGUGAUAAGGGCUACGGACAACCAGGGCUUUACGGCCGCCCCAACACCGCCUAUAACCAAGCCCCGCCAUAUGGACAGAGGUAAACAGCUUUGACUUGUUCGUAUGGUAUAUCUUCACCAGGGUCUUGUUUACUGGGCACGAAACGGAAGAAAACCGAGUGAAACGGGGACGUAAUAUCUGUGAAGUAUUCACUAGGCACGAAAUGGAAGAAAGUAGACUGAAAGAGGGACGGACUACCUGAACAUAAGAAACGCUCGUUUUCGUUUGAAAACAAUUUUGCUAUGGUGGGCUCUAAUGAAUUAGACGUACCCCUUGUCCAAUCAGAAACACUAAUUUGUCUUUUCCAUUACAAUAUAUAUAUUUUAAAGUUGUUAAUUUUCAUUGCCCGAAUGAACACAACCCAGGGGUCCAUUCAGUAGGUCAGACACAUGGGGAGAAUCUCAACGGCAUUUCAUUAAUUCCUCACGUUCUCCCUCUUCGCCUCCUUUUCCAAACCCAUUAGUUGAAGGUCUCUCCCCUCUGACCUUCUCAUCCAAUGGGUUUGGAAAAGGAGCCGAGGAGAGAGGAAGCAUGGAAUCAAGGAAAUGCCAUUGUUUAUAGUGCUUGACCUCAGGAGUGAGUUCCAAAUAAUUAUAUUUUGUCUCUCUCUCUCUCUCUCUCUCUCUCUCUCUCUCUGUCUCUCUGUCUCUCUCUCUCUCUCUCUCUCUCUCUCUCUCUCUCUCUCUCUCUCUCUCUGUAUCUUAGUUACUCUAAUAAUGGUGGUGGCGGAGGAGGUAUGGGCCAACGCCCUCCCUCUGACUUCACCCAGGCUGCUGCCGCCGCUGUUGCCGCUGCCGCUGCCACGGCGACUGCCACUGCUACGGCUACUGUUGCUGCCAUCCAGGAGAAGCAGAACCAGGAACUGAACUAUGGCCAGGUAAGAGGCUCAGCCUCCCCGUGUGUGUGCGCACGCAUGUUAGAGUUGGGAAGAUAAACCCCAAAUUAUCAACACCGACCACUUAAUGUGGAAAUGUUGCUGAUAUCAUUCACUACCUCUGCCACGCACACACACACACACACUUACUCCAGAGACAUGGCUUUGAUUAGAGAGAGAACGUAAGUCUCUUCUAGCAGACUGUUUACAUGUCUACGCUCUGUCUCUAGGGAGAAACCACACUGUAAAUCCUACAGGGAGUCUUCCAUCCUUUCCUGUCUCUCUCGCUCUCUCUUUCUUUCUCUCUCUCUCUCUGUCUCUCUCUCUUGUGUCUCUCUCUCUCUUUCUCUGUGUCUCUCUCUCUUUCUCUGUGUCUCUCUCUCUGUCUCUCUCUCUGUCUCUCUCUCUGUCUGUCUCUCUCUGUGUAUCUCUCUCUGUGUGUGUCUCUCUCUCUCUCUCUCACUCUCUCUCUUUCUUUCUCUCUCUCUCUGUGUCUCUCUCUCUUUCUCUGUGUCUCUCUCUCUUUCUCUGUGUCUCUGUCUCUCUCUCUCUCUCUCUCUGUCUCUCUCUGUGUAUCUCUCUCUGUGUGUGUCUCUCUCUCUCUCACUCUCUCUUUCUUUCUCUCUCUCUCUCUGUGUCUCUCUCUUUCUCUGUGUCUCUCUCUUUCUCUGUGUCUCUCUCUGUGUGUGUGUCUCUCUCUCUCUCUCUCUCUCUCUCUCUCACUCUGUGUUUCUCACUCUCUCUGUGUUUCUCUCUCUCUCUGUGUCUGUCUCCUGUCACAGUAUUGUGUAUCAGGGUUGGGGUCAAUUCUAAUUGAAGUCACACAUGAUUUGCAUUUAACAUUUUAAAAUGUGAAACACAUUUCAAAUAAAUAGCUUCUCCUUUUCAGUUUGGUGAGAAUUCAUUGAAAAUAUAAGCCUGUUUUUCUAUAUUUGAAUUUGAAUUUCCAUUUACUUCCUGAAUUAACUGACUUCAAUUCGAACCCCUAUUCUGCCACUAGGUGUGUGCUCUGCAUUUUUCACCAUGUCUCUCUCUCUCUUCUCUCUCUUUCUCUCUCUCUCUUCUCUCUCUUUCUCUCUCUCUCUUUAGAUGGGUGGAGGCCCCUCCUCCUACAGUACCCAGUUCCUGUCCCACCCGGGCCCCCAGCAGGGUGGCCCCCGCGGCCCCCCAGGCAUGAGCCCCAGUGGGAUGGUCCAGUCCCGGCCUGGGCAGCACCCCUCCAUGGGGGGCAUGGGGUACCCCUCGCACCCCUCCCAGGGCCAGGGCCAGAGGAUGUCCCAGCAACACCCAGGCUACCCAGGAGGCCAACAACAAGGGCUCAAACGCCCCUACCAAUCAGAGGUACAGUGCUGGAAAACACAUGGGUGCUUGCACACACACACACUAAGACGCUAACAAUUUACAUAAAUUGUUUACUAGUGGCCACACACUCAUCCCCUUUCCUCUGUCCCUCCCCCUCUCUCCUCUGUCCCUCCCCCUCUCUCCUCCGUCCCUCCCCCAGGGUUUCCCAGGGCAGCAGCAGUAUGGUUCAGGGGGGAUGUCUCCGUACCACGGUGGCCAGCCCCUCCAGUACCCCCCCCGGCCCCCAGCAGCGCCAGCCCCAGUCCCCCUCCUACCACCCCAACCAGCGUAUGCCCCCCAUGGGGCAGUACCAGCAAGGUCCAACCAACCCUGCACAGUACUACAAGGUAAACAGUGAGACCACACACACAAACACACUAGUUAAAGGGGCAAUCAGCAGUUGCUACAUCAAUAUUUUUACUUAUAAAUUAAUGGUAUGUACCCAUUGAUUUUUGAAGAAUAUGACUUAUAAAUGCCCCAUGGGCUUAGUUCAACUGUUGUACCCCAUCAGAACCCAAAAUAUAAACUUGUUUUACGCCAAUGUCUGUAAACAAAUGCUAUAGAGCCUCAACAUGGUUAAAACUAUCAUUUUGAUAUCAUCUAUAGCUCUGUCUGUGAAUUUGAGUGGUUACAUUUCUCCAGGCCCAUCCCUCAGCUUUUUACCGAAAGGGGCUGGGAAAAAUGCGUUGUUAUUGUUUAUACUGCUGAUUGCGGCUUUAAGCUAGGAACGUGUGUAUUUCAAAGGAUUUUGAUGGUGGACUAGAGCCUUUUAACACACCGCUAGUAUGAACCUGGCUCCAAAGAGACUUCUCCUUGACACAUAUGUUUGUAGUGUAGAGACGCAUCAAAUCUGACCAGGGCCUGUAUUCACAAAGCGUCUCAAGAGUAGGAGUGCUGAUCUAGGAUCAGUUUUGCCUGUUUAUGUGUAUGUGUGUUUCAGCAGGAGCAGCAGUAUAACGGGCAGCAAGGUAACAUGCCACCAGGAGCAUCAGGAGGCUACAAUGCCUUCACACAGGCUGCUGUCAUUGCGGUAAGCCAACCUGGUGUGUGUGUGUGUGCCUUGGCAGUGUGGAGGAGAUGGUGCUUUUUGUUUCCAUGACAUUAUCCAGGCCUCCGUAUGACCUUUGGAAUUUUUGGGUCCUUUGCAAAUGUAAUGUAAUUUGUGGACCCAAAUUAAGCACAUUUAUUAAUUAGGCCACACAGGGAUUUUGUGUCCGGAAAUUACGGAUUGAGACAAAUGUUUUUCGAUGCAAGUCAUCCGUUGACGUAUAAUGUACGGAGAUGAUUGUCCGUCAAACGCACAAUAUGUCUGCCCUUAUGCCGUAUGCAGCUCGUCUGAAAAUAGUUAACUGGAGUUUAACUGACAAUUGAUUAAUUCAUGUACAAUUUCAUCCGUGUCCAUACAGUGAGGGAAAAAAGUAUUUGAUCCCCUGCUGAUUUUGUACGUUUGCCCACUGACAAAGAAAUGAUCAGUCUAUCAUUUUAAUGGUAGGUUUAUUUGAACAGUGGGAGACAGAAUAACAACAAAAAAAUCCAGAAAACGCAUGUCAAAAAUGUUAUAAAUUGAUUUGCAUUUUAAUGAGGGAAAUAAGUAUUUUACCCCCUCAACAAUCAAAAAGAUUUCUGGCUCCCAGGUGUCUUUUAUACAGGUAACGAGCUGAGAUUAGGAGCACACUCUUAAAGGGAGUGCUCCUAAUCUCAGCUUGUUACCUGUAUAAAAGACACCUGUCCACAGAAGCAAUCAAUCAAUCAGAUUCCAAACUCUUCACCAUGGCCAAGACCAAAGAGCUCUCCAAGGGUGUCAGGGACAAGAUUGUAGACCUACACAAGGCUGGAAUGGGCUACAAGACCAUCGCCAAGCAGCUUGGUGAGAAGGUGACAACAGUUGGUGCGAUUAUUCGCAAAUGGAAGAAACACAAAAGUACUGUCUAUCUCCCUCGGCCUGGGGCUCCAUGCAAGAUCUCACCUCGUGGAGUUGCAAUGAUCAUGAGAACGGUGAGGAAUCAGCCCAGAACUACAUGGGAGGAUCUUGUCAAUGAUCUCAAGGCAGCUGGGACCAUAGUCACCAAGAAAACAAUUGGUAACACACUACGCCGUGAAGGACUGAAAUCCUGCAGCGCCCGCAAGGUCCCCCUGCUCAAGAAAGCACAUAUACAGUGGGGAAAAAAAGUAUUUAGUCAGCCACCAAUUGUGCAAGUUCUCCCACUUAAAAAGAUGAGAGAGGCCUGUAAUUUUCAUCAUAGGUACACGUCAACUAUGACAGACAAAAUGAGAUUUUUUUUCUCCAGAAAAUCACAUUGUAGGAUUUUUUAUGAAUUUAUUUGCCAAUUAUGGUGGAAAAUAAGUAUUUGGUCAAUAACAAAAGUUUGUCAAUACUUUGUUAUAUACCCUUUGUUGGCAAUGAGACAGGUCAAACGUUUUCUGUAAGUCUUCACAAGGUUUUCACACACUGUUGCUGGUAUUUUGGCCCAUUCCUCCAUGCAGAUCUCCUCUAGAGCAGUGAUGUUUUGGGGCUGUCGCUGGGCAACACAGACUUUCAACUCCCUCCAAAGAUUUUCUAUGGGGUUGAGAUCUGGAGACUGGCUAGGCCACUCCAUGACCUUGAAAUGCUUCUUACGAAGCCACUCCUUCGUUGCCCGGGCAGUGUGUUUGGGAUCACUGUCAUGCUGAAAGACCCAGCCACGUUUCAUCUUCAAUGCCCUUGCUGAUGGAAGGAGGUUUUCACUCAAAAUCUCACGAUACAUGGCCCCAUUCAUUCUUUCCUUUACACGGAUCAGUCGUCCUGGUCCCUUUGCAGAAAAACAGCCCCAAAGCAUGAUGUUUCCACCCCCAUGCUUCAAAGUAGGUAUGGUGUUCUUUGGAUGCAACUCAGCAUUCUUUGUCCUCCAAACACGACGAGUUGAGUUUUUACCAAAAAGUUAUAUUUUGGUUUCAUCUGACCAUAUGACAUUCUCCCAAUCCUCUUCUGGAUCAUCCAAAUGCACUCUAGCAAACUUCAGACGGGCCUGGACAUGUACUGGCUUAAGCAGGGGGACACGUCUGGCACUGCAGGAUUUGAGUCCCUGGCGGCGUAGUGUGUUACUGAUGGUAGGCUUUGUUACUUUGGUCCCAGCUCUCUGCAGGUCAUUCACUAGGUCCCCCCGUGUGGUUCUGGGAUUUUUGCUCACUGUUCUUGUGAUCAUUUUGACCCCACGGGGUGAGAUCUUGCGUGGAGCCCCAGAUCGAGGGAGAUUAUCAGUGGUCUUGUAUGUCUUCCAUUUCCUAAUAAUUGCUCCCACAGUUGAUUUCUUCAAACCAAGCUGCUUACCUAUUGCAUAUUCAGUCUUCCCAGCCUGGUGCAGGUCUACAAUUUUGUUUCUGGUGUCCUUUGACAGGUCUUUGGUCUUGAUCAUAGUGGAGUUUGGAGUGUGACUGUUUGAGGUUGUGGACAGGUGUCUUUUAUACUGAUAACAAGUUCAAACAGGUGCCAUUAAUACAGGUAACGAGUGGAGGACAGAGGAGCCUCUUAAAGAAGAAGUUACAGGUCUGUGAGAGCCAGAAAUCUUGCUUGUUUGUAGGUGACCAAAUACUUAUUUUCCACCAUAAUUUGCAAAUAAAUUCAUUAAAAAUCCUACAAUGUGAUUUUAUGGAUUUUUUUUCCUCAAUUUGUCAGUCAUAGUUGACGUGUACCUAUGAUGAAAAUUACAGGCCUCUCUCAUCUUUUUAAGUGGGAGAACUUGCACAAUUGGUAGCUGACUAAAUACUUUUUUUCCCCACUGUACAUGCUCAUCUGAAGUUUGCCAAUGAUCAUCUGAAUGAUUCAGAGGAGAACUGGGUGAAAGUGUUGUGGUCAGAUGAGACCAAAAUGGAGCUCUUUGGCAUCAACUCAACUCGCCAUGUUUGGAGGAGGAUGAAUGAUGCCUAUGACCCCCAAGAACACCAUCCCCACCGUCAAACAAGGAGGUGGAAACAUUAUGCUUUGGGGGUGUUUUUCUGCUAAGGGGACAGGACAACUUCACCGCAUCAAAGGGACGAUGGACGGGGCCAUGUACCGUCAAAUCUUGGGUGAGAACCUCCUUCCCUCAUCCAGGGCAUUGAAAAUGGGUCGUGGAUGGGUAUUCCAGCAUGACAAUGACCCAAAACACACGGCCAAGGCAACAAAGGAGUGGCUCAAGAAGAAGCACAUUAAGGUCCUGGAGUGGCCUAGCCAGUCUCCAGACCUUAAUCCCAUAGAAGAUCUGUGGAGGAAGCUGAAGGUUCGAGUUGCCAAACGUCAGCCUCGAAACCUUAAUGACUUGGAGAAGAUCUGCAAAGAGGAGUGGAACAAAAUCCCUCCUGAGAUGUGUGCAAACCUGGUGGCCAACUACAAGAAAUGUCUGACCUCUGAUUGCCAACAAGGGUUUUGCCACCAAGUACUAAGUCAUGUUUUGCAGAGGGGUCAAAUACUUAUUUCCCUCAUAAAAAUUCAAAUCAAUUUAUAACAUUUUUGACAUGUGUUUUUCUGGAAUUUUUUGUUGUUAUUCUGUCCCUCACUGUUCAAAUAAACCUACCAGUAAAAUUAAAGACUGAUCAUGUCUUUGUCAGUGGGCAAAUGUACAAAAUCAGCAGGGGAUCAAAUAUUUUUUUCCCUCACUGUACAUCUUUGUGGCCUAGCCUUGUAUAAUAUAAUGUAUGAUGUUGUUUUUCUAUGUUUCAAAUUCUCUCUCCCUUCCGCCCUCUUUCAGCAGGGUAGCCGUGUGAUGCCGGGAUACCCCAGUUCUCCUCUGGGUGGUAACCCCACCCCUCCCAUGACACCGGGCAGCAUGCCCCCCUACCUCUCCCCCGGUGGGCCAGGGCCAGACACCAAGCCCCCCUACCUUCCCCAAGGCCCCGACGUCAAGCCCAACAUCAACUCCCUUCAGCUCCCCACUGGUGAGACCCACUUACUACAACACUCCUUUAUUAAGGGCUCUAUUCAAUCUGUAUCGCUGAAGCGAUAUGGAUUGAAUAGAGCCGCGAUACGGACUGAUGGAAAUAUAUAUAGAGAUCAGACCUGAGUCGUGUUCAUUAGACAGCAAACGGAAGAAAAAAGGACUGAAACAGGAAGGGACUUGUCCAAUAAGAAAUAAAAUAAAAAUAUUAAGUUGCAAAAUGUUUUGAAAUGUUUUCUGUUGCAUUCCCUAAUGAAGAGGACCCUGGGCCGAAUGCGUACGUUAAAUACUCUCCUCAUCUCCCCUCCCCCUCCAGGUAACCCUAGCGACGACCUGCGGCUGACCUUCCCAGUGCGCGACGGCGUGGUGCUUGAGCCGUUCCGAUUGGAGCACAACCUGGCGGUCAGCAACCAUGCCUUCCAGCUGCGUGACUCCGUCUACAAGACCCUCAUGAUGAGGUCAGAGCCCACCGCCAAUCAAAGCAGCCGUUACUGUGACGUGAUCCAGUGUUUUAACACCAUAGUUUUCCCACAUUUAUUAAUUGGCGAUUUUGGUGUGUGUGCACGCGCGUUCAUGCGUCCGCAUUUGUGUGUGCCUGUGUGGAUCUGAUGACUGCAUGUGUAUGUCCUCUAGGCCUGACCUGGAGCUGCAGUUUAAGUGUUAUCACCACGAGGACAGACAGAUGAACACUAACUGGCCCGCCUCUGUACAGGUACAAUCGCACUUACAGGUACCCACUCAAAUACACAUACACACACACACAGUCUUAAACAGCUAACCUUGUGGGGACAUACAAUUCAGUCCCAUUCAAAAUCCUAUUUUCCCAAACCCCUAACCUAUACCCUAACCUUAACCCCAAAACCUAACCUUAACCCUAAACCUAACCCUAGCUCCUAACCCUAAAACUAACCCCAUCUCCUAAACCUAAAACUAACCCUGUCUCCUAACCCUAACACUAAUUCUAACCUUAACCCUAAACCCCCUAGAAAUAGCAUUUGACCUUGUGGGGACCAACAAAAUGCCCCCAGUUGGUCAAAUUUUUAUUGGUUUACUAUUCUUGUGGGGACUUCUGGUCCUCACAAGUAUAGUUAAACACGUCCACACACACACAGAUGAAAAUGCGACAUCAAACAAAACACAAUAUUACUAAGUGUUUUGUUUUUUAGAUGUGUUUUUUUUUAGAUACAACCUGAUCUAUGUGCAUUUACACACACCUAUCAGAAUGGGUUAGGCUGGGUUUACACUCCCCCAAGUGCUCUCACUGACUCUUGCAUAAAGUGCCAUGCACCUACAUCUCUGUGUGGAGCCCUCCAUACAAGUGGUGAAGUUGUAGUGGAAUUUUACUGUGUCUCUUUCUGUUAACAGUGUCUCACACUUAUCAUACAUGUUUGACCUGUUGCAUACUUAGAAAUGCGCCUGUUGUAGACAGACAGGGUGUCUGAGGUUUUCUCUCACAAGGUCGGCUCAGCGGGAGUGGAAAUAUUGGCUGAAUGCCCAGACUCUGUGGUUGCCAGGUGUUCUCCUCCUCUGCAGCCGGUCUCUGGGAGCAAACGCUUUGCUGAGAAAGGAUGCACUUGGCUAUCUUUGUGUAACCCGUAGUGAUGGUAUAAAUAUGCUGAGGGGGAAAUACCUCGUCAGAACUUCUGACUAACCUCCACAUGAAGUGCUGUUUGUCUAUAAUUUCUCUGCUAGCUUGAAAAAAACAUAAACUCAUUUAAGCUUGACUUUGGGGUAUUUAGUGGUAAUUUCCACGACAGUCAUGAAGCCUUUGCGGAAAACGAGUGGAGUGGAGAUCCAGCCUUAGAUCUGGGUUAGCAAGGUGAUGACUAUGAACUUGAUUGGCUAGCCAGUUGAGGACUUCAUUGGUUAGACAGGGUCGCGUUCAGGAGGGUGCAACGUACUGAAUGUUUUAGAUAGAAAUACCAUCAAUAGAACUGAUAUGAUUCCUUACUCUACAUCUCUAUUCUGCAUGUCUUUUCUACACAACGUAUUUCUAUCUGAACGUUCCACAAUAUUGCACCCUAUACUAAAGGUGGCCCAGGGACUGUGUUCAUAAAGUGUCUCAAGAGUACGAGUGCUGAUCUACGAUCAAUUUUGCCUUUUGAAUCAUAACCAAUAAGAUUAUAUGGACAGGGGGGGGACCUGAUCCUAGAUCAGAACUCCUACUCUGAGCCCAGUGUGACGACUGUGACUAGCGUGUUAGCCGAUCCUCCAUUCACCUGUCUGUCAUGUAGGUGUCUGGUCCUUGCUUACAGGUGAGUGUGAACGCCACACCGCUCACCAUCGAGAGGGGCGACAACAAGACGUCCCACAAGCCCCUCUACCUCAAGCAGGUGUGUCAGCCGGGGCGCAACACCAUUCCAGAUCACCGUCACCGCCUGCUGCUGCGUAAGUAGUACCAUACAGGCAAAAAUGCUUUAUGAAGUCAUAGUCAGGUUGCGUACUGUUUGUAUAAGGACAUUUUGUUAGGUCUUCGUCUUGGUUGUAAUCUGGUUCUGAUCUUUGAUAGUAACCAAAAUAUGUCAUCUUUCCCAUGAUAUCUUUAUCUUGUCAUGAAAAGGAUAUAUUUACCUGUGUGUAAUCCAAAUUUUCUCUCUCUCACCCCCGCUCUCUCCAGUCCCACCUGUUUGUGUUGCAGCUGGUCCACAGGCCGUCAGUACGCUCGGUUCUUCAGGGGUUAAUGAAGAAGAGACUACUGCCUGCAGAGCACUGUGUCACUAAGAGUGAGUGGAACACAUACACAUACCUGACUGGCUGGCUGGUUCUCAGAAAUACAUAAAGACUUCUUCUCACCACAAUUCUCACCUGUUCUCUUCCCUGCUCUCUUGUCUCUUCCUCUCCCUCUCUCUUUCUCUCCCUCCCACAAUCUCCCUCUCCUCAGUUAAGAGGAACUUCAGUAGUGGGACCAUCCCCGGGACCCCAGGGCAGAACGGAGAGGACGGUGUGGAACAGACGGCAAUCAAAGUCUCCCUGAAAUGUCCUAUCACCUUCAGGCGCAUCCAGCUGCCCGCACGCGGACACGACUGUAGACACAUACAGGUUAGAGACUAGACACACAGGCACACACACACACACACACACACACACACACAUAGAGGUGAAAACACACCUACUCGCACACACACACACAUACCAUCACUCUUAACAUACAGGUGAGAGACAAACACACACACACACACCCUAAACCUCUUUCUGUGUCUCUCUCUGCAGUGUUUUGACCUGGAGUCGUACCUACAGUUGAACUGUGAGAGAGGGACCUGGAGAUGCCCUGUGUGCAAGUACGUUAACACCACAAUUUACCUAUAAUCUUUCAGCAUGCCUUAUUUUUCUCACAGACAAAGACCUGUUGUGUUUUAGUCAUCCGGACCAUGUGUAUUUCUCCACAACAGUAAGACGGCGCUGCUGGAAGGACUAGAAGUGGACCAGUACAUGCUGGGCAUUCUAAUAUACAUACAGAAGUAAGUGUGUGUCUGUCCCCUACUACAGGGGUAUUUAAAUCUGAGCCUGGAGGUCCGGAGUACUGCUCGCUGGUUUUCCCAGCUAGUGUCCAGAAUGAAAAGCAACAGAAUUUGCCUGCCCUACUAUGUUCAUAUUUAGUUAUUCUUUAGCUUAACCAUAAUUAGGUCUACAGUUGGGUGUCCUUGAAAGGGGCCCCUUGAAAUCUUUUUUGCAUUCUCUUUCUCUUCCUUGUCUGACCUCUCUCUCCCCCUUUUCCCUCCUCAGUUCGGACUAUGAGGAGAUCACCAUUGACCCAGUGUGUGGCUGGAGGCCGGUACCCGUCAAACCAGAUAUCCACAUAAAGGAGGAAGCAGACGGGCCGGUGUUGAAGCGCUGCCGGACGGUCAGCCCCAGUCACAUGAUGAUGCCCAGCGUCAUGGAGAUGAUCGCUGCCCUGGGACCAGCCUCCUCACCCUACCAGGGUCUACCACCAGGGGGCAGGAACACACCUGACUACAACAGCCAA